AUGCAUUCAAAAGUAAUAAUUAUUGGAUCAGGCCCAGCAGGUCAUACUGCAGCUAUUUAUCUUGCAAGAGCUGAAUUAAAACCUGUUUUAUAUGAAGGAAUGUUAGCAAAUGGUAUUGCAGCAGGUGGACAAUUAACAACAACGACUGAUGUUGAAAAUUAUCCUGGAUUUCCUGAUGGCAUUAUGGGGCCUUUAUUAAUGGAGAAGUUCCGGGAACAAUCAGUAAAGUAUGGGACAUGUAUUAUAACAGAAACAGUAUCAAAGCUUGAUUUAUCAAAACGCCCUUUUAAAUAUUGGUGUGAAUCUGAUGAAAAUACAUGUCAUACGGCAGAUGUAGUUGUGAUGGCAACUGGGGCGUAUGCUCGACGAUUACAUAUUCCAGGUGAAGAGACAUAUUGGCAGCGCGGAAUUUCAGCCUGUGCUGUAUGUGAUGGGGCAGCACCAAUAUUUCGAGGAAAAUGUCUUUCAGUCGUAGGAGGUGGAGAUUCUGCUGCAGAAGAAUCGUUAUUUUUAACGAGAUAUGCAACUAAAGUAUAUCUACUUGUUAGGAGGGACAAAUUAAGGGCUUCAGCAGUUAUGGCUAAAAGAUUACUUAAUCAUCCUAAAAUUGAAGUUAUCUGGAAUACAGUAGUGUUACGGUCACUCGGUGAUGGUCAUUUGUUAAAUCGUUUGGAAAUUAAAAAUGUUAAAACGCAAGUUGUUUCAGAAUUACAUGUUAGUGGUCUCUUUUAUGCAAUUGGUCAUGAACCAGCAACGGCUUUAGUUCGAGGUCAAGUUGAAUGUGAUGAUAAUGGAUAUAUUAUUACGAAGAAUGGUGGCCCUGAAACAAAUAUUAAGGGAUUUUUUGCAGCAGGUGAUGUUCAAGACAAAAAGUGGCGACAAGCAGUUACGUCUGCGGGCAGUGGAUGUAUGGCAGGACUUGCAGCUGAACGAUUAUUAGCAGAAGAGGAAGAAAUGAAAAAUAUAGAAAAAAAUAAGAAAUAG